AUGCCAAAAGAUAAGUAUUCUUACCGAACAAGAGAAAAAUAUUAAAAAUAUACUUGUCAUCCACCAUUUGCCAAAAAUGUGAUACCCAUCAAAUAAGGAAUUCAUAAAUUAGUUGAUCAAGCAAUAUACCUUUUAACAGAACAGAGUAUAAAAUCAUAAUGAAUUUAGAGUUUCCUUAUAUUAAUCUAGUAGCUUAUGAUAAAACCUCACCUAAUGCAAUUACAAUGGCUAAUAUUUUAAGAGAAAAAUUUCCUAAAAUUCAUUCAGUAUAAAAAACUUUUAAAUUAAUUUUAGAUUAUUGUCAUUACUAACAUAGAAAAAUUUUACCAUUAUGAGCCGCUUGAAGAGGGACUAAUUGAUGUAAAUAUUAGUGUGAAAAUACCAGCAAUUAUCAUAAAGCUGACUUUUAAUCCAACUCAAGAAGAAAUGUUAAAACCAGGAUAUCAAAGAUCUAUAUUUGAUGAAAAAUUUACAUUACAACUUAAAAAUCAUGAUCCUUUAAUAAGAGAAAUUUAUGAUAUUUCAACAGUUAAUGAUACAAAUCAAGAAGAAAGUUAAGGAGAUGAAGAACAUGAAUAAGUAGAAGAAGAUUAAGUUUAUGAUAGAGAAUAGGAGAGAUAAUAUAGGAGUGAUGUAGAUUUUAGAACAUCUAUAAAGGAAUCUAUGAUAUAACAUAGGGAUAUCUAUACUUUAGAUUAAGAAAGUUAGAUGUUUUAAUUUGAUUAGAGCUAAUUAGAAUAAUAAAAUGAAAAACAGUAUAAUAAUUUUUAGAAAAAUGAAAGAAGAUAUUAACCGUAAUAAGAAUAUUAGGAUUAUUCACACAAUUUCAACCGUUUUCAUAUUGAUGAUGAUGGUUUUCAAGAAAUACCUAUUCCUAAAUAAAAUUAAUAAGCAUUUAAUUUUCAUUAAUAGAAUUAAUACCAACAAAUACAAUAAAAAUAGCAAUAAUAAUAACAAUAACAAUUUUAAUAACAAAAACCAUAUCAAUAGUAGAUGCAAUAUUAAUAAUAGUAGCAAAAUCAAAAUAGUUUAAAUAAUAAUUUUAAUACAUCAUAUGCACAUAAUUAGAUGUUUAAAUAAGAAAAUGAUUUAAAAUAAUUUAGAAACACUGAUUUCAGAAAUAAUCGAAGAAAUAAAUAAAAUAUUGACGGAUAAUCGUAAUUCAAUUAAUCUCAUUUUUAAUAAACGAGAUAAAAUGCCACUUAAAGAGAUUCUUAAUAAUAAAGUGAGAUCUUUUAAUUUAGUUAACAAAAUUUUGAUAAUAAUUUUGAAAAUAAUGAAAGAAAUAAGAUGAAUACUUAAAAAUAUAACCAAAGAGAUAUAAGGGAUGAAAGAAAUAAUAGAGAUAAUAGAGAAAUUAGGGUUAAUAGAGAUGAAAAUAGAGAUAAUAGGGAUAAUAGGGAUAAUAGAGAUGAUAGAGAUUAUAGAGAUAAUAGAAAAAAUUAGGAUAAUAGGGAUAACAGAGACAAUAGAGACAAUAGAGAUAAUAGGGAUAAUAGAGAUAAUAGGGACAGAGAUAAUAGGGAUAAUAGAGAUAAUAGAAAUAAUAAUGAUAAUAGGGAUAACAGAGAUAAUAGAAAUAACAAAGAUAAUAGGAAUACUAGAGAUAAUAAAGAUAAAAGAGAUAAAAGAGAUAAUAAAGAUAAUAGAGAUAAAAGAGAUAAUAAAGAUAAUAGAGAUAAAAGAGAUAAUAAAGAUAAUAGAGAUAAUAGAGAUAAUAGAGACAAUAGAGAUAAUAGAGAUAAUAGAGACAAUAGAGAUAAUAGAGAUAAUAGAGACAAUAGAGAUAAUAGAGAUAAUAGAGAUAAUAAAAAUAACAAAGAUAAUAGGAUAAAUAGAGAUAUUAGAGAUAACAGGGAUAAUAGGGAUAACAGGGAUAAUAGGGAUAAUAGGGAUAAUAGAGAUAAUAGAGAUUAUAGAGAUAAUAGAGAUAAUUGGGAAAAAUAAGAAAAAAAAAAAAAAAAUUAAGACAAUGCUAACAAUAGAAAAGGAGAAAGUAAAAACGAAAAAAAUCCAUUCAUUCAUACAAACAAUCCGAUGAUUAAUUAGGUUGAAACAAAUAACUAUUAGGAUAAAAGAAGAGAACUUAAUGAUAAAAUGUUUUAUCUAGAUUGA